CCAGAAAGAUGUCUGCGUAUACAGAGGCACAACAUUUCACAGAUACUCCACUAUGGCUGCUUGCUUCAGCUUAACAGGAAGUGCAAAUGGGCAUCGGAGGACCUGCAGUGGAAGAUGUGAUAAAGGUCUUAGGUACUACAAAGACUGGUCAAGUCGGCUGUUCUCUGGACAUACAAGGCUCUUUAACCAGGACAACACCACAGUGGGGCGGCUGACAUCAGAGGAUAUCGAUAAAGCAAGGAGUAACAAGAAAAGGGACUUUAAGCAGCAUACGCAAGUGCUUAGUGAAAAAGCUCGAGAGAAGAGGGUACCCGUCACACGGAUAGGAAGGCUGGUAAACUUUGGAGGUAACAAAAAGGCCAUAAUGGAUUCGAAUGCUUUCCUCUCUGAAGCCAACGCUCAAAGAAUUGUCCGGACGCUUUGCAAAGUUCGAGGUGCUGCUCUAAAAAUUGGACAGAUGCUCAGUAUUCAAGAUGACGCCUUUAUCAACCCUCAGCUGGCUAAAAUCUUUGAGCGUGUUCGACAGAGUGCAGACUUCAUGCCUACUAAGCAGAUGAUGAAAGUCAUUUGCAAUGAUCUCGGCCCAAACUGGAGGGACAAACUGGAAUACUUCGAGGAGAGGCCAUUCGCAGCCGCGUCCAUUGGUCAAGUCCAUUUAGCAAAGAUGAAGGAUGGCCGGGAGGUAGCCAUGAAGAUUCAGUACCCUGGAAUAGCAAAGAGUAUCGAGAGUGACGUGAAUAAUAUCAUGACUGCCCUGAGGUUAAGCAACGCACUGCCUGAAGGUUUAUUUCCUGAGCAUCUCAUUGAGGUCAUGAGUCGAGAGUUGGCGCUGGAAUGUGAUUAUAUAAGGGAAGCAAAUUGUGCCAGAAAAUUUCAGUGA